AGCAUCACAUGCGAAAUUUUAAAAGACAGGAAUUGGAAAACAUAAAGACUUUUUGAUGUCGACAUUUUAAACAUUUACGACAUGUGUUUUGAAAUUUCAUCCGAGUUAGUGUAUCAGGGUUAGCAAUUCUAGAAGUGAUGAUUCUGAAGCCUAUAUACUGCAGCACUCUGAUAAGGACCCCAAAUAAAACCUUGGACAGUAUACAGGAGAAAUAUACCAAACUAUGUGGUGUACAAUUUGUAUAAAGUUUUACUCUGAACAUCAACAAAGGUAUUGAACGUUUCAACAAAGUGUCAAAUUCAUUGGAUAUUUCAUAGAUACUCGCAAUCUUAAUGGAAUUGUGUGAUUUUUCAUCUAUGGAUUAAAACAACUUUGAUGACACAGAUUCAACAGAACAGCAGAUUGGUAGACCUUUACAGGGAAGGAGACAAAGAGACUAUUAUUAUACUUGUAACUAGGAUCAGCAUCUCCCAGUGAUCAUAAAGACUACCAUAUAUUGUAGAAGACAAGGAAGACGUAAUAUCUCUGAUGACAUUGCGGUCGCAGGCUGAUGCCAUAUUGGAAUACUGAAGUGCCCUCAUCCAGGAAACAAGGGUAAUCGUCGACUACAGUGAAGGUCUGGACCCGUGUUGACAAACUAAUGGAUUCUAACCUGUGGUAGUAACCUCACACGUACAACAAUGGCGGGUCAUUUGGGACUUUCAGUGAAGUUUUUGGCGUUAGUGCUUUGUGUGACAUGUAUUAUUACGACUGAUGCUGAACAGAAGCUGCAGUGUCAGGAUGUCACUAUCCCUAUGUGUCGUGGGAUCGGAUAUAACUUCACCUACAUGCCGAACCAAUUCAACCACGAGACCCAGGAGGAGGCUGGUCUGGAGGUUCACCAAUUCUAUCCUUUAGUGGAAAUAAAGUGUUCGCCGGAUCUGCGGUUAUUCCUGUGCAGUAUGUACGCCCCAAUCUGUAUGGAGGGUUACCAUCACCAUCUACCCGCAUGUCGACCUGUCUGCGAGCGAGCACGUGCUGGAUGUGCACCUCUUAUGGCCCAGUACGGAUUUCAGUGGCCAGAGCGCAUGAACUGUGAUAACCUUCCUGUAUCUGGAUUGUGUGUGGAUGCUAACGCUACCGACAGCUCCACGGCCGCCCCUCGCCCUCAACCCACAUCCCCUUACAAAGACCGUUUUCCUCCGAAAGUCCGAGAUCCAAAACCACCGAAAGUCCGUGACCCUCUGAAACCAGUGGUACGCACGUCCAAGAACAAAGAUUUGUAUCCAGAGUGCUGUCAAUGUAAGAUGGUUCGUUUGGAGAAAUCGAGUGGAUUUUAUAACGAGAUUGUGACAGGUGGACUUGAAAACUGCGCUCUAAACUGUACUAGUCCGUACUUCUCUUCCGAUGAGAUGACAUUCGCCUCGUUCUGGAUUGGAUUGUGGUCCAUUCUGUGUUGUAUUUCUACUGCCAUGACAGUUUUGACAUUUUUCGUGGACAUGCAAAGAUUCAAAUAUCCUGAGCGCCCAAUCGUGUUCCUCAGUGCUUGUUAUUUCAUGGUCAGUUGCGGCUACAUCAUUCGUCUCAUCGUGGGUCACGCGGCCGUCGCGUGCGAUGGGAAGAUGAUUCGUUACGAGACUACAGGACCUGCGUUAUGUACGGUAGUAUUCCUUCUUCUGUAUUUCUUCGGGAUGGCGUCUUCCAUCUGGUGGGUGAUUUUAUCUUUCACGUGGUUCCUUUCUGCUGGAUUGAAGUGGGGACAGGAAGCCAUUGCUAGCUAUUCACAGUAUUUCCACGUAGCCGCCUGGCUGAUCCCCUCCAUCAUGAGUAUCGCCGUUCUCUUCAAAUCCUCUGUAGAUGGCGAUCCGAUCGCGGGAGUAUGUUACGUUGGAAAUCAGAAUAUAGACAACCUCAGGGGAUUCGUACUGGCCCCACUCUUUAUAUUCCUCAUCCUCGGAACCUCAUUCCUGAUGGCCGGAUUUGUGUCGUUAUUCAGGAUCCGCAGUGUGAUCAAAGCACAGGGCCGCGGGAAGACAGACAAACUUGAGCGACUUAUGAUUCGCAUUGGGGUGUUUUCUGUACUAUAUACAGUCCCUGCUACUAUUGUGAUCGCGUGCUAUUUCUAUGAACAACAUCUUAAGGAGCGCUGGGAGAAAUCUCUCGUGUGUCCGUGUUACCAAGGUGCUAUUAAACCAGAGUAUUCUGUAUUUAUGUUGAAAUACUUCAUGUGCUUAGUUGUGGGAAUUACUUCCGGUUUCUGGAUUUGGACCGGAAAGACUGUAGAUUCCUGGAAACGUUUUUUCCAUCGGACUGCUUGUUGUUGUGAUAGAGACACUUCGGGAUAUAGCUCUCGUAUAUCUAAAUCUACGAACUCCAGUUACCCUGGUGUGAAAGCUCUCCCCCUGAGUCAGGUGUAGCAGUGCCCAUACAGUGACGAUAGAAAAAAAACAGCCAAAUGUUAAAUAAAUUAUAUAUAUUUUAAAUGUAUGAAUCAUUUCUAGAGAUUAUCUAUAUCUGUCUGGAAAAAAUAUUAUAGUAUGAUAUAAAGUUAUCGAUAUACAAUUUAAGAUGCAUUGAUAUACUCUUAUUUUUUAAGAUUCAAUUUCCGUCGAAUCGAUCAAUAAUCAUCAGAUAUAUAUAGUAGAUAAUCUCUAAGAAACGAUCCGGGUAUGUAUCGAUGGAGUCUGUUUUGUGAAGUUUGAGGUUGGUUUGAAACAAAAUAUUUUUUUUUCAAGUUUAUAAAAAAAAAAAAAAGAUAAAAAUCUGAGAUAAUUCAAAUAAAACUAUCCGUAUUAGGAUAUAAUUCAUUUAGUUUUUCAAUUUGAUUUAAAAUACAUGUAACUGAAAAAAUUAAAUAUUGUUUCAUUAAGUUGACCAAUCCUUUACAAGCACACUGCACUGUUACAUUUGUAUGUAAAGAUGGCAUCCACGUGUAAAAAACCGCCUGUUUAAAACUGAAGGUGAGAAUGGGAAGUUAUAGUGCAAUAUUUCAAUGCGGAGCACCUAAUCCAAGAGGUGAAUCAAUAUUGACAUGCACAAAUCUUGUGUUCUGGUGUUCUUCAAUCAAUUUUUUUUUUAUUAUUUACCGUAAAAAAUAUUGAUUUUUUUUCUUUCUCCCUUUAAAAUGUAUCUCAAAAUAACGCGUUGGUAAUGUGUGGUGACCCGACCCAGUCCAUGGGUGUCGUGGGGGAUAAUUGCUGGUUGAGUAUUUUCUGUACAAUACCAGUUCAAACUUCGUCAACAUACUGGCACUGUCGACAUCUCGAGUGUUUAAUGCAUGUACGCAAAGACUUCAAUGAACUUUGGCAAAUAAAGGCAAGAAUGUAGGUACACAAUUAAUCUCGUCACGACUGGAGAGUUGGUUAUGAGUAUUUACAUUCUCAUUUUGUGAGUUAAAAAUAUCGACAUUUACAUGGAAAAAGAAUUUGGAAUUUGAAUUUUUAUCAAACAAAAUUGGAAUCAGGAAAAAAAAUCUAACCACAACAGCACGUUAUUUUUGUAAGGUAUUUGUCGUGGUGUUUUAAUUUCACUGCCCUUUCCUUGUCAUUGUUCCCAUUGAUAACCCAUAUAAUGUCUUUGUAAUGUAGAAAUUAUUAAUUUUGAUCUUGUGAGAAGCAAGCAGUAAUAUGGUUCUUUUUACACGUGGCGAGUCCAAUUUACAUUGAUCAAAUGAUAUUAUUUAUCUUUAGUUUUUGUUGAUAUAUUUGUUAUCUCCGAAUAUAGGGUAAAACUGAUUUCUUGACCUAAAUGAGAAUUAAUUAAUUCUCACAUGUUGAAUGAGAAAUACAGACUUCCCCCGUCCUCCUAUCGCCCCUACAAGAAAUAGUGUAUUGUUUACAUACUGCCCCCGGCCGGAAGUGUGUGCCCGCGGAUUGAGGGAUCAUUAAUUAUUUCGAAAUUCUGUUACACAAUUGACAUAUAUUAACCUGAAGGUGUUGUUCUUUUGUUGAUUACAUGACAGGAAACAUGAUGAGGGAUUCUUUAUGACACUUGCUACCAAACAGUAUUAUUCUCCGCCCAAAUCCGGGCUAUUGUCCAUUUAUUCCUUAACAUGCGUAAAAUCCGUGUUCCCAUCUUAUCUCGUAUGUCCGGGAACAACAAACCCAGUAUUUUUGACAAAGAUGAGUUGCUGCCCUCUAUAUCAUACGAAAUAAUUAAUGAUCUUUAUGUUGCGCAUGCGUACGAGAUUUUUUUGUAUAUGUUAUGUUUAUUUAUAAGACACAAAAUAUGUAUAUAUUCGUUGAUUGACACCCAAAUACCGCCGUUUCAUUGGGCCAAUAUUGUUUCGUUGUAUCAUUAUUACUUUCGUUGUGUUCAAAAGUACUUAUGUUGUAUUUGCCCGUAUUUUCAUGUAUUCACUUUCAAGCGAUUUUAAUGAUAAGGCUAUCAGCUGUGCUUAUUUAUCCACCAUUAAACCACAUGAAAACAAUUUUACUUGCCAAAUAACUUUUUUUUCCAAAAAAUAUUUUGUGAAGGGAAAUUUUGUGGAUUUAACAUUUAUUCAAACAAUUUGCAUCUAGUUUUCUAAUUUAAAAUAUCUGUGUGUGUGCAAAAAUUAACGUAUUCAAAUCGAUUAUUCAUGAACAAUUUUGCAUAUAAUGCUGAAAUAUACAAUUAUUUAGACGAUAAAAAAGAUUUGUUGUUGAAUUUGGCGCUACUUUAUAAUUAAGGUUGAUAAUAUUUUUUUGAAAAAAAAGAGCAAAAGAACUCGGCAUUUCCUGGUUGUAGAUUAUCAUUUAUGGUGCAAUAGAAAGAUAUCUGAACGAUAUAUCAAACUUAAAAGAGCAAGAUGUGAGAGCAACUGACAAUCUGAUAUGUAAGGAUAUCAAUAUAUUAACAUAAAAUUGCUGUUGUUAAUUAAUGUUACUUUAAUAGGAAUAUCUGUCGACAGUCAGUUAUUGAGAAUUUUUUUGUUUGUUAUAAAAUUAUUAACGGUUGUUCCAAGCUACCAGCAUUUGUAACGUUUAAAAUAGUCAUGAUAUUUUUUUACAACUAUUAAAAAUUCAAUUUUUUCUGAUGGUGAUUUAGAUUAAGAAUUAUAACUCUCUAUGUCCAAUGGAACGCUGCGGCGAAUUUCUAGAUUUUCUGAAGUUGACAUCUGCAAUAUAAAAAGGAAAAACCACUUUAUUGCAUUGUAGUAAAACAGAUUUAAUUGGUAGUCAAAUUACAUUUUUGAAUUAAUUUUACAAGUCCGGAUGGGUCUACUUUUUCCUUAAAUCUUGAUUAUUUUCUGAGACUAGAAGUCAAGUGUUUCUGAUCCUGUAUUGAACAGUGCCAUACUGAGUUAUAAAUUUAGGGGUGUUAUAAACUGGAUUCAAACGUAAUAUGAAAUAUUUCAGAGGUAUGUUAAACUGAAAAAAACUUCUUUGGACAAUUACAGAGAACUAAAUAACAACCUAUAAAGAUCUCUGGCCGUCAUCAACCCUAGUUUUGAUUUGUCUUUUUAAAAUACAGUUUUAUACAACGAGGUUGAACAUAUUGAUGUAUAAAAGGUUUAAAGGACAUUGAAAGUAAAGAGAAAUGUAAUUUAAUAUCUAUUUUCUUAUUUGUUUUGUGAUAUUAAAAACGAUUUCGAUAAUUUGAUAUCAGUAAAGAAAAGAACGGCUCUUGAAUCCUUGGUAUUGUUAUAUGAAUAUUAGGAUUGGGGAGUGUAAUCACAGUUUUGGGGUGGCAUGCAGUAUUCAGCCAUUAUUCAUUAUUAGAAUUCUUUUUUAGCAAGUGCCCAUUGUAGGCUUGUCACAAUAGAAUAUGAGACCAUUGUGUUGGUGAACGUCUGAAAUAUAAGCUGUUUAUAAGGGACCUGGUCUAUAGUAUCUGUUUACAUACUUUUUCAAAUGAUUACAAAACUAUUACAAUUUUUUGUAGUGUUUUCAGAAAACCCACCUGUUCUUUAUCAAGUAAACGUUUAUAGAUUGGAAAUUUUAAAAAGGAAAAAUAAGGAUGUGUUAAAUUUAUAACCUUCGGAUCAACAGAAAUUAUAAUUUUGUUUAAGAACAAUAUUUUACUAGGGAUUUUUGUUUGUUUUUGUUCUAAAAAGAAAGUGGAGCUUUAUAUUUUCAGAAAUUUAGUUUUAAAUUGAAUAUGUGACUAUGUCAAAGCAUUUUUCGAUAUUGGGAGACUGGAUUCAUACCAUUUUCAUUUUCAUUGUCAUGUUGUUCACAGAAUUGUUCAGUUUACGAAACAGUUUUUAAUCACUGUUUGGAUUAUUUUGUGUUGCUUACCUGUAAGUGAGACGAGUUUUUCCUGAUUUAGAAUGCAUUCAUGCCAUGUCAGAUAUGUACAUUGAUAUCAUAUAUUUAUGUUAUUCACACAAACAAAAAACAAAACGAAAAUACACAAAGUUGAAGACAAUCAA